UCAAUUCAAAAGCAAGAGCAACCUUCGGUCAAACAAAUAAACGGUAUCGUUGUAUCUUGUAUGUUUAGGGUUGAAAUAAAGAAAAAAGCAGCCUUCAGUCCUUCACUUUCUCCUCUUCGAACCAUGGAAGCCUUGGCACACUAAGCCCUAGCCCCUUCGCCGAACAGCUUCGUCUUCAUCUCACUCACCGUCUUCGUCUGUACUCUGGGUGUUCGUCGUCUUCGCCUGUCUUCUGCUCGUCGUCGUCCUCGUCUGCCCUCUACUCGCGCCGUCGUCUUAGUUUGGUCGCCGAAGCCCGCAGAUAGGAUAGGGUUGAGUCGUGGAUACUAGAUAGGGUUAGGAUUGGGUUCAAACCCUAUCCUCCUCUACCCGUUGCCAUCCCUGUCAACAAGUACCCGCUAGUUGUUUAUAAAUCCUUUUCCUAUACUUCUCCUUGUUGUUUAUAUUAAACAGGCCCAGUGGCCCAGACCCACGACAUCAACGACGAAAAGUAACGAUCCACAGACCGCGUAGCCAAUCUAGCUUCCAGGUUCCAGCCUCCGCCCUUUCCGUCGCGAGCUCCGCCACCAAUCGCCGCCACAACCAAAUCCUCGGCCCCCCCAGCCACCGCCAUCAAAGUCAUCUCGAAGCCCCCUUCUCAGUUUUUAGUUUUUUUUGUCUGAAACAUUUGAACCGGAUAAUCGAUGGGGAAAAAUGAAUUUCUUACACGGAAAGCCAUCGCCAAUCGAAUCAUGGCAAAAGGGCUGCAGAAGCUUAGGUGGUACUGCCAGAUGUGCCAGAAGCAAUGCCGAGACGAGAAUGGGUUCAAAUGCCACUGCAUGAGUGAAAGCCACCAGCGCCAGAUGCAGAUUUUUGGCCAAAACCCACAUCAGAUAAUCGAGGGUUAUUCCGAGGAGUUUGAGACAUAUUUCCUUGAGCACAUGAAGCGCAGCCAUCGGUUCAGCCGCAUUGCUGCCACCGUGGUUUAUAAUGAGUACAUCAAUGACAGGCAUCAUGUUCAUAUGAACUCCACUCAGUGGGCAACUCUUACAGAGUUUGUGAAGUACUUGGGUCGAACGGGGAAGUGUAAAGUCGAGGAAACACCUAAGGGUUGGUUCAUUACAUAUAUAGAUAGAGAUUCUGAGACCCUUUUCAAGGAGAGGAUGAAGAAUAAGAGGAUCAAGGCAGAUAUGGUGGAGGAAGAGAAGCAAGAGAAGGAGAUUAUGAAACAGAUCGAAAAAGCUGAGCAAUUGAUGCAACGGUAAGAUACUACUGAGGCUGAUCAGGCUUCAAGGGUCGAGGCUCCGAGGGAACUAAAUGUGGAAGAUGGAGUUAAGAUAGGAUUUUCUCUUGGGGCAUCGGCUAAGCCUGUGAUCAAAGAGAAACAUGAGUCAUCGAAGAAGGCUGUGUUUGAUGAGGAUGAGGAAGAUAAAUUCGAGGGAAGGAAUCUGGGAAAUAGUUUGAAGAGAAAAGAGAGUGGCGGUGGAGGAAAGUCAACCUUGGAAGAAUUGAUUAGGGAAGAGGAGAAGAAAAAGGAGAAAAUCAACAGGAAGGACUAUUGAUUGCAUGAGGGAAUUAUUGUUAAGUUUAUGAGCAAGGCCUUGGCAGAGAAGGGGUACUACAAGCAAAAGGGUGUGGUGAGAAAGGUGAUUGACAAAUAUGUUGGGGAAAUUGAAAUGCUUCAAAGCAAGCAUGUGCUGAGAGUCGAUCAGGAAGAGCUUGAAACUGUGAUUCCACAAGUUGGGGGCCGUGUAAAAAUUGUCAAUGGUGCAUAUCGUGGAUCAACUGCGAAACUUUUGGGGGUGGAUACGGAUCAUUUUUGUGCAAAGGUGCAGAUAAAGAAAGGUGCCUAUGAUGGCAGGGUACUCAAAGCAGUGGAAUAUGAAGACAUUUGUAAAAUAGCACAAUGAGUUUGAUGAGAAUAAUAACCAAGUGAUUGUGUGUUAAGUUGGUUGAAUAACAUUGUUUAUUCUUAUGUAUCCGUCUGUAAUUUUUUAUCUAUAUGAGAUCAAUCAUGACGAUAAUCUUCCCUGUUAAAAGAUUGAAUGCGUGCUUGAUUGGCAAUGGAGAAUCUUUUUACUUUCCGGUAGUAAGAAAAUUGCGGGGAGAUGGUGAUUGUAAGCUCCAAACUACAAUGUUAUACGUGCAAUUAAUGAACUACUUAAUUUUGAUUGGCAA